GUCGCCGCGGCGCCCCCAAGCUGGAGGGCGGAGCGGCUGGAGAUCGCAAGGAGCAUGUGGACGCUCGGACGCCGCGUGGCUCCCAACCUCCUACCCCUCUCGACGCCCCUAGGGUCGGCCCAGACCCGCACAGGGGCCCCGUGGCCGGCGAAGAAUAUCUCACUCUGCGGCCACCAGGACCUGCGCGCCAGGACCGCCGUAGCCUGUGCCCCUGUCCCUGCGAGUUUGAGCCUCCACUGCUUCAGCCAGAUGCUGAAUGUCAAAAAGCAGAGUGUCUGUGUGAUGCACUUGAGGACAACAGGAACUUUGAGUGACCCAGGCUCUCUAGAUGAGACCACCUAUGAAAGACUGGCAGAGGAGACACUGGACUCUUUGGCAGAGUUUUUCGAAGACCUUGCAGACAAACCAUACACAUUUGAAGACUAUGAUGUCUCCUUUGGGAGUGGUGUUUUAACAAUUAAACUGGGUGGAAAUCUAGGAACCUACGUGAUCAACAAGCAGACCCCAAACAAGCAAAUCUGGUUAUCUUCGCCAUCCAGCACACAGAGAUGGUAUUGGAGAACAACAUAACAAUGAGGGGUUCUGCAUUCUUGUGCUGCACUCUGGUACUGCGGGUGUGCCCUGCGGGCUCUGGAAAAGGAGAUUGAUUACACUGACCUUUCAAAGGUAUGUCAUCUUAAAUGCAAAAAGACAACAGACAGGCUCACUAAAGGUAAAGAUUAACCUUUGUCAAGGAAGCUACGGACCUAGGAUGUGACUACCCAUCAUGGCCCGUUUU